CACACACACAAACACACACGCAUGCACACAUACAUAUAUGCACAAAUACUGCUAUCAUUCUUAGGAGUUCAUCAAGUCCUCCUUCUGUACUGCUUCUAUGAGUUUUCAAUUUUUGCCUACAUUAGGGUGCUCACGGAGCUGCCCCUUCUUAGUCCUUGUACCGCGGCAACCUAAGGCCAGGCAGGCGAUCCAGUGGGCAUUGGACUGACCCGAGAACGGUGCGGGGAGUCUCCAUGGCGCCACGGAUUGCCCCGGAAAGGGCCUCCGCACAGCCUGCGUUCUGUAAGCCCGGGACUGUGAGCUUCGCGGACGUGGCCGUGUACUUCUCCCCGGAGGAGUGGAGGUGUCUGCGGCCGGCGCAGAGAGCCCUAUACCGGGAGGUGAUGCGAGAGACCUAUGGUCUCCUGGGCUCUCUCGGAGUCGGAGGCGCCAAACCAGCGCUCAUCUGCUGGGUGGAGGAAGAGACCGAACUGUGGGGACCCUGUGCCCAGGACCCCGAGGUGGCCAUGUGCAAGACAGAAGUCGACUCAGAUUGCAGACAUGAGGAGGAAAGAAAGAGACCAGGAGAAGAGACGGAGGCAAUCCAGAAGACGUUUUGUACAGAAGCUGGGCUGAAGGAGCCAUGCCCCUCCUUUGCUGUCCCUCCUAGCAACUUGGAUCUGCUGUCCAAGGAUCCUCAACAGGGGCAGCCCACCUCUGGUGCUGUUCAGGCCACGGUCCUAAGGGCAGACAAGCGUCAUGAGUGCCAUGUGUGUGGGAAGAGUUUUUCCCGACAGUCCAAACUUGUGGAGCACCUGUACGCUCACACAGGUGAAAAGCCGUUUUGUUGCCCAGACUGCAACAAAUGCUUUGGCCGGGCUUCUUCCCUGAGAACGCACAGAGCCAGACACCGAGGGGAACGGCCUCAUCGCUGUCCAGACUGUGGGAAGAGUUUUGCCCAGCGGUCCACACUGGUGGCGCACAUGUACACGCACACAGGCGAAAAACCAUUCCGUUGCCCUGACUGCAACAAAUCCUUCAGCCGGCCUUCUUCCCUGAGCACGCACCGGGCCAUACACAGAGGGGAGCGGCCUCAUUGUUGUCCUGAAUGUGGCAGGGCCUUCACACAUCGCUCUGGCCUCAUUACCCACCUCCGCGUCCACACUGGGGAGAAGCCUUACUGUUGUGCUGACUGUGGCCGCCGCUUCAGCCAGAGCUCUGGACUCCAUGAGCACCAGCGGGUCGUGCACAGUGGCAUGACCCCCUUUCCCUGCACACACUGUGGCAGAGCCUUUGCCCGUGCCGCUUAUCUUCGGUGCCACAUGCGCACCCACACGGGCGAAAAGCCUUAUUCAUGUCCUGAGUGUGGACGCUGCUUUAGCCAGAGCUCUGACAUGGCAGCCCACAGGCGGACCCACAGUGGAGAGCGACCCUACCCCUGCCCUCAGUGUGGUAGAUGCUUUCCCACGAAGUCAGCUAUGACAAAGCACCAGUGGAUCCAUCGGCCAGGAGCCAAAGUCAACAGGGACAGAAAAACCAGUCAGUUAUCUUUAUCCCUGGACCCUGGCCAAGAGGACCCGGAUCCACCUGUGGGCUUCCGGCACUACCCAGAGAUAUUCCAGGAGUGCGGGCAAUGGUCUUAAAAGUGCCAACAUAGAGGGGGAAAUGUGUACAUUGUUUGAAGCCCAUAUGCUUUCAUCUCUGACAGCCUCCGGAAGUCACAGACGGUCUAGCUAGUGCUGGUCCUGGGCACAGGGUAUAGUCUUCUAGCUGCUUACUAGAUGCAUUUGCACACACUGGGAUCCUACUGCUGUCUCUAGGUCUAUUGGGCUGGGGUGGGAAAGCCCGCUAGAACUCCACAUGAGAAGCAGCGGUGGUUUCCUGGCUUAGGAGUAUUGAGAGGAUGGAGGUUGAAGACAGUCUUAUUGACGUCCUUGCCUCUUCGAUUCAGAGGCUGAUGUUGAUGGCUCUGUGUGAAUUGAGCCAGCCUCGUUUUCAGGGAUUGAGUCACUGGUCAAGAGCCUGUCAUGGUGGUGCCUGCCUGUGAUCUCUGCACUGGGGAGGUAGAGACAGGAAGAUCAGGAAUUGGAAACCAGUUUGGGUCACCUGAGAGUGCAUCUAAAAAUAAAUGAAAUAACAACUGGAAUUAAGGUUUAAAAACCAGAGUAUCAUAUGCACCAAAGGCCCAAGUUUCUAGGUUCUCUGGAAAUAAAUCUGAAAUAUUUAGCCAAGCAAACAAGACAGAACAGUUCUGAAGUCCAUUCUCAGUACUCUAUUUACUAUAUACUGUAUGUGUUGGCACAUGCUUAGUUGCAGGACUCGGUAGCUGGUGGCACAAGGAUGUUCAGAAGUUCAAGGCUGCUCUCAGUUACACACACACACACACACACACA